AAAUAACUAUGUUCUGCAAUACUUUCGAACAUUAAACAAACGAAAUCACACAAAAAACUUUUUGAUUAAUAUUUAGCUUUCUUUGCUUGUGGAUUUUGAUUUUUUUAAAUGCUUUUCAUAAUUUUGUUUGGUUUAUUUCCAAACAAAGAUUGAAACGUGAUAUUCUGUUGAAUGCUGUAAUCAUUAAAACACGCACGUCAUAAAAAACGCAAUAAAAUAAUUACCAUUUUUUAUAAUAAAGAAUCAGCUGGUACUGCGAGAGUCGAACGCUGAGUAAACAAUGCUGGAAAGUUGCCCGACCGGUGUCAGCUAUCGGAAGGUCAAAGUCGAAUUGUUUCAAUAGUCGUGUAGCGGGAGAGGCGCCCAGGCGCUUAACUCCACUUAGCGAAAAGAAUUACUACGCGACGCGACAGUUGAAGUCGGUCUCGCUGCCGUACAGUGAGGUCAGCUCAGUUCGCGUAAGAUCACGCAGCGAGAUCGUGUGGCUGGAAAUUGCGUUAUAGUACGUACAGUGCAAGAGGAUGUUGGGCGACAACGCUCGUGUCAAUACAACUAUCGUGGUGUCGACAGCAGCAGCUCUCGUAGCGGCCGCUGUUGUAACCACGUGGUGGCAGAGGAGGCGACGCGAGAGCGGGCGCAUGCCCACCAAGUGGCGCCGUGUGGGAGAACUGGCGGAACUACGAAUAUACCCUCUGAAGUCGGGAGCUUCUUUGACAUUGAAAGAAGCCGAAUGCACAGAUAUUGGUGUUCGCACUACUGGCGAUGAAGCUGUGAAACUAAGAGAUAGGUUUUUUAUUGUAAUAAAUGAAGCUGGAGUCAUGAAAACUUGUCGACAGCAUCCGAAGUUGUUUUUUAUUAAAGUAGCUUCUGGAGAAGCAGGGACUGUAAUUUUCAGAGCUCCAGACAUGAAAGACUUGACUGUUCGUAUUCCUUCCGGAACACCAGAAAGAAAAAACUAUUUUGAGAUGUGGAAGGAAGAGAAGUCGGAGUCUGUGGACUGCGGAGACGAAGCGGCAGAAUGGAUGCACAAGUUCCUCAACCUCAAGGAAGACGACAAAGUGCGUCUCGGAUACCACCAAGAGGAUGUUAUACCUCGACGAGACUGCGACAAGAAACCUUGGUCCCUCUUCCGCAAACAAUACAAUCGGCUCAUGCGCUAUGAUACGCAAGUGGCCCCCAGCUGGUUCCGACCCAACUUUGUGGUGCGCGGCGCCAGCCCUCUGGCGGAGGACGACUGGAACUACAUCAAGAUCGGAGACAACGCAGUCUUCCAGAACUUCAAGCCCUGCUUGAGAUGUGUGGUAACCACAAUGGACCCGGAAACAGCUGUUAAGGAUCCCCAAAUGCAGCCUUUGAAGACUCUAAGAGGGUACCGCCUGCUGAAGGACGCGAAGAAGCAGCAGCUGGAGGGCGAGCUGGCGCCCGCCAUGGGCUGCUACAUGGGGCUGCGGCAGUCGGGCACCGUGCGCGUCGGUGACCCCAUCUACAGGACGAUGUUGGGCGACAACGCUCGUGUCAAUACAACUGUCGUGGUGUCGACAGCGGCAGCUCUCGUAGCGGCCGCUGUUGUAACCACGUGGUGGCAGAGGAGGCGGCGCGAGAGCGAGCGCAUGCCCACCAAGUGGCGCCGGGUGGGAGAACUGGCGGAACUACGAAUAUACCCUCUGAAGUCGGGAGCUGCUUUGACAUUGAAAGAAGCCGAAUGCAUCGACACUGGGGUUCGCACUAUUGGGGAGGAAGCAGUGAAACUAAGAGAUAGGAUGUGGAUGAAUGAGAAGACAGAGUCUGUGGACUGCGGAGACGAAGCUGCAGAAUGGAUGCACAAGUUCCUCAACCUCAAGGAAGACGACAAAGGAGCUUUCUCUGACCUGGCGCCUUUCAUGCUAAUCAAUGAAGCGUCCGUGAGCGACCUGAACGCGCGCAUCCCGUCCGGCAAGCAAGUGGCCCCCAGCUGGUUCAGACCCAACUUCGUGGUGCGCGGCGCCAGCCCUCUGGCGGAGGACGACUGGAACUACAUCAAGAUCGGAGACAACGCCGUCUUCCAGAACUUCAAGCCCUGCUUGAGAUGUGUGGUAACCACAAUGGACCCUGAGACAGCUGAAAAGGAUCCCCAAAUGCAGCCUUUGAAGACGCUUAGAGGGUACCGCCUGCUGAAGGACGCGAAGAAGCAGCAGCUGGAGGGUGAGCUGGCGCCAGCCAUGGGCUGCUACAUGGGGCUGCGGCAGUCGGGCACCGUGCGCGUCGGCGACCCCGUCUACUGUUGUUUUAUUGUAAUGGUAUUUUUUUACAAUUCAAAAGUAGGCUAUUUUGUUUUUCAGACAGUAUUUGUUUUAGUUUGUUUUCAAAGUUUUGAAGAAGUAACUUUAUGGAAUGGUGACUCGAUUUAUGUUAUGGACUUUGGAGAGGCUGCUGCCCAGUGGAUCUCACAGUAUUUGGGCCUUCAGGGCUCAAAAGGACGUAUUCAUUUUGGAUAUUUCUGCCCAAAAUAUUGCCAGGGACGAAAUUUUGGUACACCACUACAACAUCUGAAAGUUGAUUAUCCGAACAUAUCGAAAAGAGAUUUUGGGGUUUACUGUGAUUUCGCCCCAUACACGCUGAUUACCGAGUCGAGUGUGAAAGCGUUGAAGAACGAAUUAGGACGUGAUGGAGAGCUGUUAGGUCCCGACUGGUUCCGACCGAAUUUCAUCGUCGGUGGGUCUCAAGAAUUUGAGGAGGACACAUGGAAUUAUGUAAAGAUUGGAAGUGCCAUCUUCCAAAAUGUCAUGCCUUGCCACAGAGAUUUGUCCUGUUGCAUCGAUCCAAACACAGGUAUCAAGAGUCCCAAAGGAGAGCCGUUCAAGACACUAGUC